CGCCCGCCCGUCCGCCCGCCCGCGUGGGAGCCGCUGUCGGGCGCCGCCGUCGGGCGCCGCCGCGAAGGGGCUGCUGUCCUGUGGCCGGCGGCGGGCUGGGGGAGCCGAGGCACGGCUACGGCCAGCCAGGCCGGCACCGGGGCGGCAUAUGCCUCCGCGUCCUAAGUGCGGGCCGGGCCGGGCCGGGCCUGCCCUGCCCCGCCGGCACUGACUGCCGCUGUCUGUCCCCACGGAUAAGCCCCCGCUACGUGCAGAGCUGCAGCGCCAUCUACGCGCGGCCCUUCAGUGCGAUGGCCGAGCUGCUCGCUUUGGUUUCAUGGACUGCGAAGAGAGACCACCUGUCCAUUGGAUUGUAUGGCUUCAAGUCUGGCUCCACACGGCUGAUGAAGAAGGCCUAAGACUGGACGGUCUCUCAGUGUAGGGCUGCUUUCCUAGACCUACAUGGACCAUGUCCAUGCUGAGAUAGUGCUUAUCCUACUGAUGUCAUUCAACCAGCAACAUGGUAUCCUCCUGUGGCUGAGUGGCCAAGCUGCUGCCCUCCUCCAAAGGGACAUGGGGGGCCAGUGGUGCUGCCAUGAUGCUGAGGGCACAGGCUGCCUGUGGCUGUCCCUUGGCCAUGUGUGCACAGGACAAUGAGAAAACAGUUGUUACUGAAGACUCUGUCCGUAGCCUGGAGGCCAUCCUGGACCAUUCUGUCUUCAACUUCAGGGAGGAGUUGCCAGCAGAGUUUGACGCUGUUCCAGAAAUAAAGAUGGGAAGCUGGAGCUGGAUUUUGAUACGGACGAGCAUAAUAUUCGAAUUGCAAACUUCCUUGCAGACGACAGGGGUGAGUGAGCAGCCACGUGGUGCUCAGCUGUUGGCUGGGGUUAAACCACGACACACUCAGAAGAUGGUUCCAGAUGGUUCCUGGCCUGGAAAUGGAAUUUUGGAUUCACCUGGAAAAGACUACACGUGACUAGAAUUCUCCGCCUGUUCUGUUGUGCUGUCCCCUCUCCCAGGAAUACUGCAUCUUGUACCUGAAGCUGAAUUAUCUUCUCCUUCCUAUCUUCUGGUCACCUUUGAGAAGCCAAAUCCUGAUGUGAAGCUUAGAAGGGAGCCCUCAAAGCUGCUUCUGUUGGAGCAGUGGGUGACAGGGCUCAUGACUCACCUUGUACAUGAGACAAUUCCUGCCUUAGCCCAAAGCCUGUUUCAGGGGAGAAUGAGGUGGAGAAAGGCUUGAGGCUUUUGCUGGCCAGUCAGUUUUGCUUGGAGAAACAUCUGCUGAAAUGUACUUUAAAGGACAGCAUUAUUCAAUUCAGUGGAAAAAAACACUUUAUCAAAAUGUAAAUGAGACCAGAAAAGCCUUUCCUCCUCUCUGUUCUGUUCAUCAGCAGUUGGUUGCUGACUUUUCCCGGCUGGCUGGAAGUUGGUUAUUUGAGUUCUUGGAGCAUGUUGAUUCUCAUUCCCAACACGUGCUUCUAGGCCACCCCAGCUCUUUGGGAGUUAGAUGACUUUUUUGGCUUACUUGCCGAUGUGCUUUUGGAGACCGGUGUCCACAGAACAAAAGCCAGUAUCCCCAAGUAAAGCCAAGUGUCAAGAACAAUCUACCCUUCAGAUCUUUUCCAGAAAGAACUUUGCUUAAGCUGUUUUGAACUACACCUGAGCAUCUUUUAUCCUCCUUCCUCCUAUGUGCUUUAAAGAUCAUUUUGUGUUGUGAAUUUCUGAGCUUAUGUUAAUAUGAAAAGAUUUACCAAAGAUGAAAAGGCGUUACUGAAAUUCUCUACCUACGUACUUAGUCAGGAAUUGGAGAACCAACAAAGCUGGUUUCCUGCUUUUGUAGCUUCACAUUAGUUCAUAUCUGUGUGCUAAUGCUCUGUCCAAGGAUUGCACAGUCACUGUGUUUUGAGAUGAUUUGCAGAAAUGCAGCACGUUAGAAAUCUGUGGUGGUAGUGCCCAAGCAGUAGUGGUUUUCCACUUGCUUUCAGAGGUGCUUUGGCCUUCCAUAGCCAGUGUGCAUAAAAUAACAGAUCCUUGAGUUUUGAAGUUUAGCACAUGUUGUGUACAGACAAAGUAGCAUUGUAUUGGAAAGCAGGUGAUGAUUAUGUACAUUGCAAACGCAUGAGCUCUGACUCCAAGAAGUAAGCAAAUUAAAAUAUAUUUAGAUAAAAA